UGCUGCUGCCUGGGCUGCGGGUCAGGUAACUGGAGGCUGGUAAGACGAAGCAUUGCCCAGUCAACAGCCAACUGCGAAAGUUCCUUUCUUCUUCUGCUAGCUGGCCCAACACACACACACUCUCUCCCCUUCUUAUCACUUUUGGUUUUGGUUUCAUUUGUUCAUCAAUUCAAACAAUGGCCAUCGACGAAGACAUGGAAGCCCUGCGCAAAAUCUCGACCGCCAGCAGUUGCCCAACGGAAUCCUCGUUCGCACCAUUGAUGCGACGUCGUGCCCGUCUGUGGCCGAGUUGUCGGUUGAACCUGGCCCUGAUGUGCUUGGCGGCCACCCUGGGCUUUUUCCUGAUGCGACUCAACUUGAGUUUUGCUCUCGUUUGUAUGGUCCGUCAGCCAAUCAACCGCCCAGUCAACGUCACCACCAUUGGCAACGCCACCAGCAGCUCCCGCCCGUACGAUUUGACCUACGACGACGACCAGCAUCAGGAAGAAGAAGAAGAUGUUGCCGGACUAGAUUGGAACAAAGAAAUGCAGGGCAGCAUGUUGAGCGCCUUCUAUUACGGAUUCGGGGCCACUCAGAUUUUCGGCGGAUGGAUCAGCGAUCGAAUUGCCGGCAGCAAACUCAUAUUGAUUAUGGUCAUGUCGGUGAUGAGUUUCAUUAGUCUCCUGUCGCCAAUCGCCGCCCAGUCGAGUCAACUCUUUUUCGCCUUGCGACUCCUCCUAGGAUUGACUUCCGGAAUGGCUUUGCCAACGAUCCAGCCGCUUUUCUCCCGCUGGUCGGCGCCCGACGAACGGGGGACGUUAAUUGGCCUGGCCUUUGCCGGUUUCACGCUGGGCAGUUCAAUCACGUUCCCGCUGUCGGGAUUCUUGUGCGAGUACGGAUUCGCUGGCGGCUGGCCGUCCAUCUUCUACCUGUCGGGCUUGUUUGGGGUCGUUUGGGUCGUGCUGGCCAUUUUCCUCAUUCACGACUCGCCCGACACUCAUCCGCGCAUCUCCGCCGAGGAGCUGGCCUAUUUGGAGCCCUACUGCCUCAAGAAACAGCCGGGCAAAAAGUACAACAGCAUCCCGUGGAAGGGGAUCUUGACCUCCGGUCCCGUCCAUACCAUCAACAUUUGCCAAUUUUGCCUCAACUGGGGAUUCUACACUCUCAUCUCCGGCCUGCCCAUCUUCAUGAAAGAGGCUCUCAAGUUUGACAUCACCCAGAACGGACUACUCUCGUCGAUGCCUUACGCAGCGGCCCUGGUUGUCCAUCUCGUGGCCGGCAAAUUCUUCGACUGGUGUCGCGCCAAGCAAUUCUUGUCCGUCACUUGGCUCAGGAAAAUAUUCAACACCGUCGGUUUCCUGCUACCGGCCAUUAGCUUCUUCGCUGUUGGCCAACUGACAUCCGAGUGGCGCUACGUGGCCGUUUUCUUAUUGGCGUUGAGUCAGGCCGGUAGUGAAAUCGCCAUCAUGGGCGGUUUUAUGUUCUCAAACAUCGAUCUGGCACCCCAAUACUCUGGCGUCCUCCAGGGCAUCUCGAACACGAUAGGAACCGUUCCCGGGUUCGUUUCUCCCAUCGCCAUCGCCUAUCUCACGCCGACGGGGACGGCGGGUGAAUGGGCCAACGUUUUCUACAUCAGCGGAUCUUUUUAUGUUUUGGGGGCGAUGAUUUAUCUCAUUUUCGGGACGAGCGAGCGACAAAAAUGGUCCCACCACCCAACUCAGAUUAUUACCGCGGCCGCGGCCGAUAUCGACGACGGGAAAGAAGACGCCCGCCAAUUGUUUCAAUCUCCCGUUCCGUCUAGCCGACCGGAGAUUUCAUGAGAAUCGUUUUCUUAAUUUUUUUUACUUUUUCAAUAUUGUUGAAAUUCAUCAGAGCAUUUUAUAAUACAGCACGACGACGAGUGAACAAAACUACGAAUUCAUUUCCACGUUUUUUCUUAUAAAAUUGAACCUCUAUAAAAGACAAAAUUAUUUAAAAUACAUUUUUUAAAUCAUCCUAA